GCAAGAGACAGAGAGAGAUUGAAGAGAGAGAGAGUGAUUGAGAGAGAUGGCUAGUAUGCAAAUGGAGGUGAAGAUGGGAGUGAAAUUGCAGGAGAGUCCAAGGAGCCAGGUACCAAGUCCAGAGGCGAAGCUUGGGAUGAAAGUGGAGGAUCUGUGGGAUAUACAGGAGCCGCAGCUCACUCCCAGUGAGAAACUCAAUUCUUGCUUUGAAAACAUUGCAGUCUCUGCUUUUCCUCCUGCUCCUUCUGAUCAAGUGAUUGAGAUUAGGUCAGACAGCAGUCUAGCUGAGGCAGUUAAAAUACUGACCCAAAACAGGAUACUUGGUGCGCCUGUGGUGGAUGCGGAUGCGCCUGAGGACGCUAGUUGGAUGGACAGAUACAUUGGCAUUGUCGAGUUUGCUGGAAUCGUUGUCUGGAUUCUGCAACAGUCAGAACCUCCAUCUCCUAGGAGCCCACACUCUGGAGCUGCUCUUGCAAUAGCAGCUAAUGGAAUGACUAAUGCAGCAGGACUGCUAGGCUUAGGCCCAGAAGAUGCAGCAGCGACUUCUGGAAACUUUUUUGAAGCACUGACCGCUUCUGAAUUUUAUAAGAACACAAAGGUUCGAGACAUUUCGGGGUCAUUCAGAUGGGCUCCCUUUCUUGCCUUGCAGAAAUCCAACUCCUUUUUGACAAUGCUGUUACUCCUUUCUAAUUACAAAAUGAAGAGCGUUCCUGUGGUUGAUUUGGGUGAGGGAAAGAUUGACAAUAUUGUCACGCAAUCUGCUGUGAUUCACAUGUUAGCGGAGUGUGUUGGGCUUCAUUGGUUUGAAAGCUGGGGAAGGAAGAAGCUGUCUGAAAUUGGCCUUCCCCUGAUGUCACCAGAUCAUGUAGUCAAGGUGAACGAGGAUGAACCGGUGCUUCAGGCAUUUAAGCUGAUGCGAAAAAAGAGGGUCGGAGGUAUACCUGUUGUUGAAAGAGAUGGGAAAAAGACGGUGGGUAACAUAAGCCUGAGAGAUGUUCAAUUCCUUCUAACUGCACCAGAGAUCUAUCAUGACUAUAGAUCUAUCACUGCAAAGAACUUCCUGAUGGCGGUUAGAAGCUACUUGGAGAAGGACGGCAAAGCCACACCAUUCUCAAGUGGCACGGUCACAUGCACGAAGGAUCACAGUCUCAAAGAACUGAUUCUGAUGCUCGAUUCCCAGAAGAUCCACCGAGUCUAUGUUGUCGAUGAUGAGGGGAAUCUGGAAGGAGUAAUUACCCUUAGAGACAUCAUAUCAAGACUUGUACAUGAACCCCAUGGCUACUUUGGUGAUUUCUUUGAUGGGGUUUUGCCACUGCCCCAAAAUAGCAGGGUUUAAGAAAUGUUACUAAAUAACGGUCCAAUCGCCGUCAAAGAUCGGUCAGUUUUCCUCGUGCAACUUGCCUAAUGGUCUCUGCUAAAGUCCUUUUGUAGAAGAGUUGUGCGUUUGUAGCAUGGUUAGGUAUUUGUAAUUAAUCAAUUUUCCUCUGGCUCUGAUAAUAUGUCGCCACCACUGUGUACAUAGUUAUGUGUCAAUGGUUUCCAUUGUACAACUUCUACGGCCGGGGCAGAAUUUUAGACAUCAUCUCCAUCUCCAUUGGUAUAUUCGGGUCAUUCUUGUU